AUGGUUGCGGAGUCACGAGUGAACGAAGCGUGUAUUACUAACUGGACCGACUUCGAUGAAUGGGAGCUAUACGCGCCGGAUCUUGCUACCAUAGCUACUCACGAAUUCCACCUGCAGUUUGUCGAACUCAACAUAAUGUCUCGGAUCAAUCUUCUCGCUUACGAUGUUGAUCUGCGCUUCGAAGUGAUAAACACCAUACCGGUCAAUGUUGAUAAGUUCGAGAAGAUAUUGAAGCUAAUAUGGUAUAAGAAGAUCGAGGUCAGACGACGGAUCCUCCACGUCCAGGACCCGGUGCAGAGAUGCAUGCUUGGGGCGGCAUAUCAGCGGUCCAUUGGUAUCAAGAAAGCGUAUGGAACGUGGCUUAUUGGAGAGAUUGCCUUCUCCGACUACAUUGUCUCCCCUCUCCCUUGGCACCCCAUCCUUACUGCCUCAACAGUAUUUGAUUGUGUCAAAGGAGUAGUCUACCACGUCCUCUAUCUGUAG